GAAUUGUCCAUUGUCCACUCUAUCAUCAACAUAUCCCCUUUAAUUUAUUCAAUUCAAUGGUUGAUAUUCCUCAAAAGACUUGCCCAAUUUUUUCUUUUCUACCUUAAAGAAUAAAUCUGACAUCCGACCUAAAUCAAGGCAAGCAAAGCACAACCCACGCCCACACACACACACACACACACUAACUCGUGAAACAAAGGUUAAAUAAUAAUUAAAUUAAGAGAGAAGAAAGAAAGGGCCAAGUCUUUAACUUUUACAUUGCUUUUUCCUAAGAAAAAAGUAUCCUGAUCUGCUAAAGAUAUGGGACUAUGACUAUGUUCCCCAAUCUCAAUAAAACUUUUUUUUAAAAAAAAUAUUUGCAAUUUAAAUAUUCUUACUUUCUCAUUAUCACACAUUUUGACCAUAACUCCCCUUAUUCUCCUCUUCUAUUUAAGCCUUUCCACCUCCCUUCUCUCUCUUCAUCCCAAUUUCUCCGUUCUGUAUUCUGUAUUCACUUUCCCUCUCUUAAAUCUCUCACUUUCCUUCUUUUUUGUCUAUCUCUUUGCAAAAAACACAGAGGGAAAAAUGGCUGAAUCCCAAUUGAAACGUCAGAGGGAAGAUGCCCCCUUUGAAUGUGACGAGAAUUCGAAGCGCCAUAAGCAAUCCUACAACCAAAUUCUUUCCAUUCUCGAAGAAGAGGAGGAAGUCACUAACCAAGAUUUCUCUGACAUGUUUAAAACCCUCCAAGAGGAGAUCUCCUCUGAUUCUAGCUCCGGCGCCGCCGACCCUUCACUGGAGGAGGCCGACCACCAGAGUGGUGGCGGCGCCGCCGUGUCGGAAUCUUCCAGUCCUUACUCCAGGGAUGUUGAAGAAGAUGGGGAGGAGGAAUCCAGAAUCAGUGUGAUGAGACACCUUCUGGAAGCCUCGGACGACGAGCUCGGGCUUCCUAGUAUUUCGGAGAGCGGCGAUGAGGAGACUAAUUCCGGAGAAAAUCUCUUUAAUUUCGGUGAUGGGUUGUGGGAAUUCGAGGACGACGCUGCCAAUUACUAUACUUUGUUGCAGUCUGAACUGUUUCUGUAGUUUUUUGGGGGGUUAGAAAUUAAUUUUAGGAUAUAUUAGGGGGGGUUUUCCGGACAGGGAAAAGAAAAAGUAUGAGGGAGAAAAAAGUGAAAAUGGAGGCUCAUUUUUUGGUUGUUCAUUUUUAGGCCCUCUGCUUUUGUAUUAUACUAAAGUAGCCCCAAUGGAAAGGUAGAACCAAAAAAAAAAAAGGCAAAAUGCUAUGUCAUUAGUGAUUAACUUUACCCAGCUAGAGAAAUUAAUUUCACAAGUUCAUAGUAAUUACUACUAUUAUUAUUAUUAUUAUUAUUAUUAUUAUUAUUAAUGUUGUGAUGAAACCCCCGUUUGUAAGCUUGGGCUUGAAAGAUAACACUUGAAAGAAAAAAAUUCCUUGACUCUCAGGCUGUCAGGCAUUCCAAUGAACUACAAGUUUUAUGGUCCUGAUGAAAAGGUUAAUGAAGUUUGAGAGUUGGUUUUUUUUUU